AUGUCUUCAGGUAUGUCCGAAGACAAGAUUUCCUUUGCAGGGACAAGCGAAGACUCCGACUCGGAUCAUGGUUCAGAGCUACUCCCCAAGGUCCGACAACGUCGUUCCCCAGGACAAACAUUGUUGCCAUCAAUACUCAUCAAGUCGCUUUUCUUUCUGCUAGGCUUGAUUCUUGGCAUAACAAUAGCCACUAUUGUCAGCCAACAAAUCCAGCAAGGAAUAGAGAUGGAUCUGGACCGGCAAUGUGCGAUGCGCACAUCGCAGUACUGUAAGUCAACUUUCAUCUAUAAAUUAAGAACGCCCGUGCUUAACGAAGUUGAUCACGCGUACUCAAUCACGUCCUUUAAUGGUUCAUUUAUGAAAGAAGUGGUAUAUCGUCUCCAAGGGUCGCCCAGAGUGGACGCGGCAUGGGAGGCUUUGGGUAUUGAAGCCUCCAUCAUCCCAGAGAAUGAAGGGAUUGCGAGCGGGCUCACAAAGCACCACGUUCAACGAGCAAAAAAAUAUGGAGGUGGUUUCUUCGUGAAUGUGGAAGGCCUACACCACUUACAUUGCCUGAAUUUGGUUCGCAAGUCCCUUUACUUCAACUACAAUUAUUAUAAGGCUAUAGGCGAUGACGCGUUUGACCUCGAAGAAAAUAUCUUUAAAAUACUAAGACGUAUUGUGUGUCUAUUAGCACAUUGCUUAGAUAUCGUUCGACAAGUGCUCAUGUGCAAUGUGGAUAAUGGGGUGCUUGGGCAAGUAUGGACUCAUCAGCCAAAUACGAAGCAACCUCAGGCAUUCCCCGAUUUCAACACCCGACACAAAUGCAAAAAUUAUGAGGCAGUUCGUGUAUGGGCUGAGGCACAUCAGGUGCCACCUGAUGAGGAACUUCCUGCCGACUAUAUUGCUCCUUGGGAUACGGAUGAUGUCAUCCCAUACAUCCCUUGA